UGCGAGAGAGAGAGAGUGAGAGAGUGAGAGAGAGAGAGAGAGAGAGAGAGUCUCCAAAAGGGCUCACACACUCAAGGCGCACAUCAGAGCUGCAAGCUGCAGAAAAGCUCCAAAUCCUCACCGGGAUUUUAAUCCGUUUCCAGCUACAAACCUGCGGAGUUUUGCUUCACCUUGACUUCUAAAAAUCGUUUCAGGAGACAGAUAUAAAUUCAGGAGACGCUUAGAAAAUUGUUUGGAAGUCAAGCACACACCAGGACCGGACUGGAAAGCCGAGCUGGUCCUCACAUCACAGGUCUCUAUCUGGAAUGUAACUGCCCUGUAAAGACCUGCAUCCUUAUUAACAAUGCUUCUUGUUACACUUCUUCCACACACACGUCUCUGUAUUCUUUAAACAUCGCUGCCUGUUAAUCUCAGCUAUGGGGACACGCGUGAACGACUCAGCCGUAUUUGUCAACGCGUCUCUGCCGUUUUCAGAGACUCCUGCGUCUUCUCAGGACACGGUAAUAACGUUUCUCCUAGGCACAGUCCUGGCUAUGAUGUUUCUAGUGGGCACUGCAGGAAACGUGUACACUCUGGUGGUAAUGAACAUUGCGAUACGUGUAACCGGCACUAUGUACGUCUACAUCGUGAACUUGGCCUUAGCCGACCUGCUGUACCUGUGCACUAUUCCGUUUGUGGUGUGCACGUACUUCGCAAAGGACUGGUACUUCGGUGACAUCGGCUGCCGUGUGAUCUUCAGCCUCGACUUCCUGACUAUGCAUGCCAGCAUCUUCAUGCUGACCGUGAUGAGUACGGAGCGCUACGUAGCCGUACUCAGACCUCUGGAUACCUUCACCCGUUCCAGUCACUACAGACGAUCCGUCACCUGUGCCGUCUGGCUCAUCUCCUUCGCCCUUUCUCUCCCCACCAUGAUCAUGAUCGAGCUCCGGACGAGCCUCCAAGACGGGGUUGAGAAGCGGAUUUGCCAUCCCACCUGGCAGAUGACAGCCUACAAAGCUUACCUGACCGUCCUCUUCAACACCUGCAUCCUGGCUCCCGGAUGCGUCAUUGGGUUCCUCUAUCUCAAGUUAGCCAGAACUUACUGGACGUCCCAAACCACCGUCUUCUCCUCAAGCAGGACUAAGUGCCCCAAACAGAAAGUACUAUACAUGAUCUUCGGUAUAGUUCUUACAUACUGGGCCUGUUUUGUACCUUUCUGGUUAUGGCAGCUGCUUAGUGUUUAUUAUUUUGAUCAUGAGAAGCUCUCUCAUAAAACGAUGGUGUGUGUGAACUUCAUCGUGACGUGUCUGGCUUACAGCAACAGCUGCAUCAACCCUUUUCUGUACACGCUGCUGACCAGAAACUACCAGGAGUAUUUGAGAGACAGGCAGAAGAACAGCACUGGCUUUAAAAAGAGAUUCCAUCAUUCAUCUCAAAGAUCUGUGUCGUCUGGGAGUCACCAGUUUACACUUUAAUGCCUGCAGGUGAACUUUUAAGGUUUUUAUACACUGCUGUUAAGCAGAUGAACCUUAUUUAUAUCAGAGAUGACAUUCUGAUAGGAGAGAAUUUACAGGAAAACAGACAUGACAUUUUAAAAGGAAAUGAUUAGACCAGGAAAGAAAAAAACCUUUACCGGCUGAACCACAGAAAAUAUAUAUAUUUUUUGGCAGAAAAUGGGAGUGAGAAUUAGGUGUGAUCUAGAAUGGAGCUUAAAAAGAAAAUCAAAAUACUCUAGCUCUUUUUAUUUUUUUCUGGAAUGACCUGACGACCUGUACCACAAGCAAGCAGACAAAAUAUUUUGCGUUGCUUUUAGAACUUGCCUGGAAACAGACAUAAUAAACAGUCGGCCAUUUUAAGAAAGUGCGAUUUGAUUCAGAUGUUUCUUAAAAUACAGUUUAAAAAUGUCUCCUUUAAGAUAUUAGGUACUCAUCCUAUAUAACAGACUAUAUAACAUGUGCACAGGUGAAGUUUUGGUAGUUUGUGCUUUUCUUUACAUGCUUCCAUGGUACCUAAAAUACUAAAUGAUUUAGUCGACAUUUUUAGAACAAUGAAAGCCUCUUAUAAGCCUUUAACAAACAACACACAACAUGACAUGAGUUCAUGACAUAAUAACAAUAUUACGGCUCCAAUAUGCUGCGGUUACCCGACAUCCAGAUAGACAGAAAUCAUAGUUUUACAUGGUUCACAUGAACUGAAUUGUGUGAACUGUGAAAUUAUGGCUUUUUGUCUGAUUAUCAUUUCAUAAAACCUAAAAGGAAUUUUAAAAAAACUGACAAACAAAGAAAACAUUCCAAGAUGGGGAGAAUUUUUUUGUUUAUCUAUAAAAGAACAACUGUAAAACUUUAGAGUUAGAGCAGAGCCGCAUAAAUGUAAACAUGAGCAUUUUUAUUUAUUUCAAUUUCAAUUGAAUUCUGAAACGAAUUUAUUUCAAAUCUACAAAAGGUCCUGUAAGAUCUUCAUUAUAUUAUGUUGAACUAUUUGGCACUGCAAAAACAAAAUGGCUUAAAAAAUGCACUGCUUUUCACUACUAACUAAAGAAAUUGUACAUUUUUAAAACCAAAUUGCUGCUCAUUAAAACCGAAGAGAGAGAGAGAAAAAAUUCGGUCUCACCUUUUAAAUA